UUCCGAUUGGUCAUAUUAUUUCUGGGAGGCGGGCUUGAGUCGGGGCCGUUCUCUGUUAUUGGCUGCUGAGGUGGCGGCCCUUUGGAGUGAGGGUAGCACGUUAGGCGACGGUAGUCGGGACGCCGCGAAAGCCGGCGUUCUUCAGUCUCAGCUCUGGUGGGAGUCCCGGACCGGACUCGGUCUGGUUCCCCCGGGGAUGGAUCGCGUGUGUCGCGCGUGGUUCGGGAAAUGCGUCAAAGAGAAAGGGUCGUCGCUGUUCUGUACCCGCAGUAUCGUGGUCUCCUGGCUCAGCAGGGCCGAGUGGGAUCAGGUGACGGUCUAUCUGUUCUGUGAUGACGAGAAAUUGCAGCGGUACGCGCUGAACCGUAUUACCGUGUGGAGGAGCAGGUUAGGCAACGAACUGCCUGUGGCAGUGGCUUCUACUGCUGACCUGAUACGCUGUAAGCUCAUGGAUGUAACUGGUGGCUUGGGCACUGAUGAACUUAGACUGCUCUAUGGCAUGGCAUUGGUCAGGUUUGUGAAUCUUAUCUCAGAGAGGAAGACAAAAUUUGCCAAGCUCCCCCUCAAGUACCUGGCUCAGGAGAUGAACAUUCCAGAUUGGGUUGUUGAACUUCGCCACAAGUUGACUCACAAGAAAAUGCCCCAUAUAAAUGACUGCCGAAAAGGUUGCUACUUUGUGCUAGAUUGGCUCCAGAAGACCUACUGGUGCCAGCAACUGGAGAACAGCCUGAGAGAUAGCUGGGAGUUGGAAGAAGACCGGGUAGAGACAGAAGAACAUCAAGAAGAAAGGAAUAAGAAAAUGAUUGUUGAGGAUAUCACAGAGCAGACACCAGAACCUCAGGAUAAUGGCAAAGGUGCUGAGUUGGGUGACAGAGUUGACGAAGACAAUAAAGAAACUGAAGAGGUGGAUCCUAAUCUAGAAGAGACUCUAAGACAUAAGGAGUUGUAUGAAAAAGCACGGGAUUUGCUGGUAUCAUAUGAAGAGGAGCAAUUUAAGGUGCUGGAAAAAUAUAAGUAUUUACCUCAGGCGAUUAAGGCAUGGAAUAACCUGUCACCACGUGUACAGUGUAUCCUGGAAAAGCUCAAGGCCAUUACGUGGGAGAAUAAGGAUGCUGUGCUGGAUGCUUUUCUAGAUGACGGUUUUCUUAUUCCCACGUUCGAGCAGUUGGCAGCUUUACAGAUAGAGUAUGAAGAUGUUCAUACUGAGGUCCAGAAUGGGGAAGGUACUGAUCCAAAAUCACACAAAAAUGUGGACUUUCAUGACUUCUUGGUGCCAAAGCCGUUCUCUCAGUUCUGGCAGCCCCUGCUCAGAGGCCUGCACUCCCAGAACUUCACACAGGCCCUACUGGAGAGGAUGUUCUCUGAGCUGCCGGCCUUGGGGGACACUGGAAUCCGGCCUACCUACAUCCUUAGAUGGACAGUUGAACUGAUCGUGGCCAAUACCAAGACUGGACGGAAUGCUCGUCGGUUUUCUGCAAGCCAGUGGGAAGCAAGAAAGAAUUGGAGACUGUUUAACUGCUCUACCACCCUUGACUGGCCCCAAAUGGUUGAGUCCUGCUUGGGCUCACCUUGCUGGGUCAGCUCCCAGCUCCUUCAGCUACUCUUCAAAGCCAUGGGACAGGUCUUGCCAGAUGGAGAGCAGGAGAAGCUGCUGCGCAUCUGUUCCAUUUAUACUCAGAAUGGAGAGAAUUCAAUGGCAAAGACAAGCUCAGGGUCCCCUCCCACUGGGAAAUGUCCAUACACAUUGGACACUAUGCAUCAGGACAUAAGACCAUUCAGUGCUAAUGGUGAAUCUGAUGAAAAGGUUCAACAGAAGGAACAAGACAGCCUUAAUGAAGUCAAGGAAGAGGAAGAGCAAAAGGACUUAGACGACCCGAUGGAGGAAGACGAAAUGGAAGAAGAAAGUGAUGACCUAGAAGAUGAAGAAGAUGAGGAAGAUGAAGAAGGUGAUGAAGAAGAUGAAGAUGAUGAGGACGAUGAGGAAGAUGAUGAAGAUGAUGAAGAUGAUGAAGAUGAUGACAGAAUGGGGGUGGGGCCUUUCACUACCAUGCAGGAGACCCACACUUUUGAGAAUGCUAGGCUCCUGACCCAGAAAAGAGAAGCUUUGCAAGGUUCAUUAUGGCAGUUAAACUCUGAAGAUGUACGAUGGGGCACAUUCCCUGUAGGCCGAGUGCCAGGUCAGACUGAGGACCCAGCAGAGCUUAUGCUGGAGAAUUAUGAUACCAUGUAUCUUUUGGACCAACCUGUGCUAGAGCAACGGCUAGAACCUUCAACAUGUAAGAAAGGCACUCUGGGCCAAAGUUGUGGAAGCAUUGGCAAUUGCAACAACAGCAGCAGCAACUUGGGGGGCCUUCUCUGGAACCAAGGACAGCUUCAUGGGCUCAAGGCUGGCCUGGAGCUCUUCUGAUAUGGCUGUCCUGAUACAAGUGUCCACUCAGACAAGCCAGUGUUAACAGUGCUGUCUGUGCUGUAUCAAAUACUCCAUGAUGCAGUGUGGGAGAUCCCAGAUCCACCACAUCAGUUCAACUUUUCACAAUAGUGGAAGUUUGGAAUGGUGGGGGAUUUUUUUCCUUUUUUGUUUUGUUUUGAAAAACAAUAAAGAGAAUUUUGUCAUGGUC